CUUCUCCCUCCAAACUGCUUUCUCUGCUCCAUGGCAAAGGAAUAAUAAUGUAUUUGUGGCCUUGGACGUGAAGGAGUCCGUCUUCUGUGCUGCUAACGGCGUUGGGACUGAUGUGGAGGGAAGCAUGGACCUAAUGAACGGGCAGGCAGGCAGUGUUACUACUGCUGCUACUGCCUCCGAGAAAAGUAGCAGUUCUGAAUCAUUAAGUGACAAGGGUUCUGAAUUGAAGAAAAGCUUUGAUGCUGUGGUGUUUGAUGUUCUUAAGGUUACACCAGAAGAAUAUGCGGGUCAGAUAACACUAAUGGAUGUUCCAGUAUUUAAAGCCAUUCAACCAGAUGAGCUUUCAAGUUGUGGAUGGAAUAAAAAAGAAAAAUACAGUUCUGCACCAAAUGCAGUUGCCUUCACAAGAAGAUUUAACCAUGUAAGCUUUUGGGUUGUUAGAGAGAUUCUUCAUGCUCAAACAUUAAAAAUUAGAGCAGAAGUUUUGAGCCACUAUAUCAAAACUGCUAAGAAACUGUACGAGCUGAAUAACCUUCAUGCACUUAUGGCAGUGGUUUCUGGCUUACAGAGUGCCCCCAUUUUCAGGUUGACUAAAACAUGGGCGUUAUUAAGUCGAAAAGACAAAACAACGUUUGAAAAAUUAGAAUAUGUAAUGAGUAAAGAAGAUAACUACAAAAGGCUCCGAGACUAUAUUAGUAGCUUAAAGAUGACCCCUUGCAUUCCUUACUUAGGUAUCUAUUUGUCAGAUUUAACAUACAUUGAUUCAGCAUACCCGUCAACUGGCAGCAUUCUAGAAAAUGAGCAAAGAUCCAAUUUGAUGAAUAACAUCCUUCGAAUAAUUUCUGAUUUACAACAAUCUUGUGAAUAUGAUAUCCCAAUGUUGCCUCACGUCCAGAAAUAUCUGAACUCUGUUCAGUAUAUAGAAGAACUACAAAAGUUUGUGGAAGACGAUAAUUACAAGCUUUCAUUAAAGAUAGAACCAGGGACAAGCACACCACGUUCUGCUGCUUCUAGGGAAGAUUUAGUAGGUCCUGAAGUAGGAGCAUCCCCACAAAGUGGAAGGAAAAGUGUGGCAGCAGAAGGAGCCUUGCUACCGCAGACGCCGCCAUCCCCUCGGAACCUGAUUCCACAUGGACAUAGGAAGUGCCAUAGCUUGGGCUAUAAUUUCAUUCAUAAAAUGAACACAGCAGAAUUUAAGAGUGCAACGUUCCCAAACGCAGGGCCAAGGCAUCUGUUAGAUGACAGUGUCAUGGAGCCCCACGCACCAUCUCGAGGCCAAGCUGAAAGUUCUACUCUUUCUAGUGGAAUAUCAAUAGGGAGCAGUGAUGGUUCUGAACUAAGUGAGGAGACCUCAUGGCCUGCCUUUGAAAGGAACAGAUUAUACCAUUCUCUCGGCCCGGUGACACGAGUGGCACGAAAUGGCUAUCGAAGCCACAUGAAGGCCAGCAGUUCUGCAGAAUCAGAAGAUUUGGCAGUACAUUUAUAUCCAGGAGCUGUUACUAUCCAAGGUGUUCUCAGGAGAAAAACUUUGUUAAAAGAAGGCCAAAAAGCCUACAGUAGCAUCCUGGACAAAAUAUUGGGCAGCUUUAUGUGGGACACAACUUUUUUACUAUGCUGCCAAAUCUCUAAAGGCUACAGAAAGAAAACAUUUCAAAUCAACAUCCAAUAAGAACGUGUUCGUGUAGGAUGGACUGGUGAUGAUGGCUGAUGACCCACAUCAUCCAGAUCUCUUCCUGCUGACGGACUCGGAGAGAAGGAAACUCAUACAAGUUUCAAGCUGGCAGUAGGAUGAAUGCAACGCUGUGGUUUAAGCAUCUGAGUGCCGCCUGCCAAAGUAACAAACAGCAGGUGAGCG